CAACCAACAGCAGAGCAAGAGAGACUUUCAAGAUCAUCCUUGAAGCUCUCUCUCUGAGGAUCAAAUCCCAAGAUGGCUAAUUACUAUGAGCAUUACCAGAUCCCAUACGACUUCAACCAGGUUAACAAUAAUCUCUAUGAUCAUAACUAUUAUGAUAACAAUCAGCAUCAGCAGUUUGGUUUCAAUCCAACGAGUUAUAGUAGUGCUUAUGAUCCAAUGAGUUAUAACAGUCCUUAUUAUGAUAAUUGGAAUGGAUCAUCUGAGUAUGAGACAACUUCUGCAUCUGUUGCUUACUCUGUCUACACCAUGUCUGAGCCUAAGCACUUGUUCUACGAUCCGAAUGUCUACACGACCUACGAGUCUCCUCCUCAGUUUUGCAUCUAUCGCUCUGUUCAAGGCUUCAACGAGCCGGAGUUCGAGGAGUACGAUCCGACGCCGUACGGUGGUGGCUACGAUAUCGCUGCAACGUACGGGAAACCUCUUCCUCCAUCGGAGAAAAUAUGUUACCCUCCUUCAACAUCUGCUCAGGGAAACCCUCCUUCUCCUCCAGAGGUUAUAGCUCCUGUUCCUCUUGGUGUUUACGAUGGUGGUGAAAAGAAAGUUGUUAAGAAACGUGUAACGUUCUCUGAACCUUUAGAGGAAGCUAGACCAUUGGAAACCACUAAAGAAGAUGAUCAUCAAGAAGAAGAGGAAGAUGGUGAAGAAUGGGAAGAAGAUGAGGAUGAGGAUGAGGAUGAAGAGGAAGAAGAAGAAGAUGACAGUUCAAGCUAUGUAACUACUAAACCUGAAAGUGUAGAUACAGGAGAAGUGAAAGCUGUGUAUGUUCAUCAGGAAGAAGAGGAAAAAGAAGAUAGUUCAAGCUAUGGAACUACUACUAAACCGGAUGCUGAAGAUAAAGGAGAAGUGAAAGCUGUGUAUGUUCCGUCAGGUUACGGCUUAGAAGCGACGGAUAUGUGCGAGGUGAUAUUCGGAGGCUAUUUUCCUUGUGUCUUACGUAACAAAAGACUCCAGGAGGAUCAAAACCGUGCGGCUGAAGUUUCUUGCUGGGAGAGCACAGAUUCUGAUCCGUGGAAGACGACUUCAGACUACCUUUUCGGGGAUUCGUACCCGUAUGGUUAUGAGAAUAGGCUCGAGAGAAGUCAGUUUGAGAUAUCAUCUUAUGGUUACCAGAGGUAUUAACCGGGAGCUAUAGCUUCAGAAGAAGAGCACCAUUUUUUUUUAAUUAAUAAUUAAUGAAGCUGAUGUAUUAGCAGCAUGUAACGUAUGCUUACAUGUUCUUUCUUUCAUGGUU